GUCGAGGCUGCCAUUUUAGCGACCUUACGUAGCACAAAUGAAUUAUGGGUGUCCAAGUGGUCCAGCUCACCUCUAAGUCCCACCAUGAAAACAUCCUGGCCUCUCUGUCUCAGCUGAGGCAGCUGGGGCAGCUGAGUGAUGUUACAGUGCAGGUGGACUACCAGGGAGACAUGCAGGAGUUUCAGGCCCACCAGGUGAUGCUCGCAGCAUCGAGUGGCUACUUCAAGAAAAUGCUUCUCUCUCAGGAUGUCGCCCAAGACAAGUUAUUACUCUCAAAUAUGCACUCAAGUGACUUCUCCAAAUUUUUGGAGUUUGUGUAUACUGGUAAAGUGGAAGUUGCCAGAGACAAGAUUGGUGAUGUUCAAGCAGCGGCACAAUUUUUGGACUGUAAGGAUCUGUCAGAAGUUUGCAGUGAGGCCAUGAGUGCUGGCAUCCUCCAAAAACAUGUAAAUAAUACAUCUGUAUCAGAAGCUGUAGAUAAGGAUGACAAUGCACAGAAGGAACAAACGAGCAAAGAGAAGAAGCGGCCGAUCAGUGUACAUCUUAAGCGACGUCUCUCUCCACAGGGCCUUGAGAAGGUAGUUCCAAAAAGAUGUAAGACAAAGGACACGGUAAAGGAUGACGUAACACUAGCAAAAAAGCUAAAACUUAGGUUGGCUGGCCGUAAAGUUCUUCAGAGGUGUUUAAAUACUAAAAGAGACGCUUUAAACAACGCUCACGAAAACACCAAUGAAGACACAGAGGAGAAUGAGGGCAGGGAUGAAGCAGAAUCCUUGUCAGAGGAACAAGCAGCGAAAACAGAUAAGCUUUCAUGGGAAAUGCCAGUCUCUGAUGUGGAUGAGUGGGGAUGUGAGGCUGAUAUGCACAGUGAUGAUGCUGAAGACCCCUUGUGUUCACCUAUUGGGGAGGAGAUGGAGGAGGAGGAGGAAGACGGACAGUCCAAGGAGACAUUAAAGAGAACAUCCAAGGCCCAGUUCCAGUGUAACAAGUGCCAGCGGACCUUCCACUAUGAGAGAAGCUAUUUGAAGCACAUUAGUACAUACCAUGGAGUGAAAGCAGAAGUCAUCUAUCAAUGUGAGACCUGCCAGCAGACCUUUGCUAACCGCAGCAACCUAAAGAUCCACGAAAAGCACGUCCACAGCAAUGAGAGGCUUUUUGUCUGCGACUCCUGCACGAAGACCUUCAAACGGAAGAAGGAUGUUGUUCGCCAUCAAAGACAAGUACAUGAACGCAACAAUCUGCAUCACGUCUGUCCUGAAUGUGGAAAGGCGCUCAGCUCCAAAACUGCCCUAGUAUUGCACGAGAGAACCCACACAGGUGCAAAGCCUUUUGAGUGCACAGACUGCAGCGCAAGAUUUACACAGAACUCUGCCCUCAAGAUGCACCGCAGGACUCACACUGGAGAGAAGCCAUUUGCUUGUGACCAGUGUGAUGCGCGCUUCACUCAGAAGCACAUGUUAGCCUAUCAUAAGAGAUCACACACAGGAGAGAAGCCCUUCAUGUGCGAGGCCUGCGGGAAAAGCUUUGCAUCUAAAGAAUACCUGAGACACCACUCGAACAUCCACACUGGGUCCAAGCCAUAUAAGUGUGAACAGUGUGGUCGAGGCUUCGCUCAGAGGAACUCCCUCCACCAGCAUUUAAAAAUACACACAGGUGAGCGUCCAUACAGCUGUAAAGACUGUGACAAGCAGUUCACCCAGCUCAAUGCCCUCCAGAGGCACCAGCGUAUUCACACAGGAGAGAAACCCUACAUGUGUGGCCUUUGCACACGCACCUUCACAGACAAGUCCACCCUACGAAGGCACACGAUGAUUCAUGACUCAGACGCUCCCUGGAAGACCUACCUGGUGGUGCUGGAGGGAAAUGUUGAGGACAAGAAACCCAAAUCUCCACCUAAGGGGAAGACAGAAAAAGCAGGAGCAGGGGAGAAAAAGAGCACAUCUAGAAAAAGUGGUGCUGGUGCAGCUGGUGAUGCCGGUAAAACUCCCACUGAGUCCUUAGUGGUGCCGGCUGAGCCAGUCACUCUCCCAUCUGACUGGACCAGUCAUGGAGCUAUUGCUCUGGUCAGUCACAGCUCCCUGGGCGGGAUCACUGUCAUCCACACCGAAAUGCCACCUGGAACUCAGAUCCAGCCCAUCUUAACCACUGACAGCACAGGGACCAGCGUCAUUUCCUUAGAUGGCUCAGCCAUUCCUGUCCCCUUUUCUAUACCCGUGUCCAUGGCUCAGCCUAUCCCCAUGUCUUCCGAGGCCUCCUCCACCUCUCUGUCUGUACCCACACUCUCAGUUCCUGUUUCCGAUGGCACAUUAGCAUCAGUCUCAGUGACCCCAAUUGUUUCUACGUCAUCUGGCCUCGAAGCUGGUGCCUCACAGACCAUUUUGGCUCCAGUUUCAGAAAUGAAGGCCACUUCUGAGACAGAUAUUUUUCAGUCCAGUAUUCAAACUGUGAUUGUCGGAGAAGAAAUAUGUGGAAAAGAACAAACAGCUGCUUUCCAAAGUGAUGGACAGCAAAGGACAGCAGAUUACCCUAUAGCUGAACCUAAAGAGGCCUCAGCUCAAGAUACUUUGUAGAAAAUGCAUGUAAAUAUAAAUAAUUUUUUCUGCGUUUUAGGGAAUUUAAAGUCCACUUUCACUCCAUGUUUUCAUGUUAUUUUAUGUCUUGGACCUGGUGUCUGUAUUUUGGGAUUAGCAGUGUCUGAAUGUGUGUUCUGACUGUGGUGUUUCAUCACUCUUAUCUUAAAUCAAAUGUUAUAUCGUGAAUCAGACUUGGAUGUGAGGCUCAGUGUUCAUCACAAGAUAAUAUUAAAAGCCACAAAAAAUUGUUGAGUAUUAGCCACAUUCUUUGAGGUAUAACUAUGGCAUAAUGAAUACAUUGGGUACAAUGAAUUAUUUAAUCUGCAUACAUUAUAAUGUACAGUACGUUAUGUUGUAUGAAUCAUAUUGAAUAAAUGUAUGAAGUGGAGUGUUCAGACAUUACAUUGAGUGCC